AUGAUCUCAGCAACCAGCCAGUCCUCUGUGUUCUACCAAAUCAAAGGCGGAAACACUAACGGCGCAUUUGAUAUAAACCCAAACUCCGGUGUGGUUGUAACUUCGAGGGCUUUGGACUAUGAAAUUACCCCUGAGUACAGACUGACCAUCCAGGGAACCAACAUGGCGGGUCUUGCUAGCAACACCACUCUGCUGAUUCACCUGAAGGACGAGAACGAUAAUGCCCCCAUCUUCCUCCAGCCAGAGUUCACAGGCAUGAUUAGCGAAUCGGCCCCCGUCAACAGUGUGGUCUUGACCAGAGAAAACACCCCGCUGGUCAUCCGCGCCUCAGACUCUGACCGCGAUGCCAACGCCAUGCUGGUCUAUCAGAUCGUCGAGCCGUUCGCCCACAACUACUUUGCCAUCGAUUCGAGUACGGGAGCCAUUAGAAUGACAACCACUCUGGAUUACGAACAAAGGAGUGUGUUCCGCUUCACCAUUCAGGUCCACGACCUCGGAAUGCCGCGUCUGUUCGCCGAGACAGCCGCCAACGUCACCGUCGAAGUCAUCGACGUCAACGACUGCUCGCCGCAAUUCAGCCAGGAGCUCUACGAGACAUCAGUGAUCGUGCCGACUUACAAAGGUGUCGAGGUAAUCAAAGUCAACGCAUCAGACGCCGACUCCGGACCAAACUCCAAACUCUUCUUCUCCAUCUCAGAGGGGAACAUCGGGGAGAAAUUCAAGAUGGAUCCCAACACAGGCAUCAUCACUAUCCAGAACGUCACCCAGCUAAGAAGCAGGUACGAGCUGAGGGUGAGGGUCUCGGACGGCAGGUUCGCCAACACAGCGUCGGUAAAGAUCAACAUCCGUGAGAACAAGGAGAGCAGCCUGAAGUUCACUAGAGUCUCCUACAAGGCCUACGUCGAAGAGAACUCCUCUGAGAAGAAAACAUUAGCGGUCAUUGCCGCUGUGGGGAACCACGUCAAUGAACCCCUCUUCUACACCAUCCUGAACCCAGACAAGAGGUUCCAAAUCAGCCGCACUUCCGGAGUGCUCUCCACCACGGGGAUACCUUUCGAUCGUGAGGCGCAGGACACAUUCGACAUCGUCGUGGAGGUGACCAGGGAGGAUGCUUCCUCCGAAGUGGCCCACGUUCUAGUGACGGUGACUGUAGAAGAUGUGAACGACUACCAGCCCAUGUUUGUCAACCUGCCCUAUCAAGCCUUGGUCCAGGUGGACGCAGAGGAGGGACAGGCCAUCCGCCAGGUGACAGCAGUGGACAGGGACAUGGGUCAAAACGCCGAAAUCCACUACCACCUGAAAGAACACCACGAGCACUUCCAGAUAAGCACCUCGGGAGAAAUCUCCCUCAAAAAGCAGUUAGACAAAGACUCCCUCAACAGUGAGUUCAUCAUCAACGUUGUGGCCAAAGAUGGAGGAGAACCAGCCCUCUCCGCGGAAGUGGAAGUGCCCAUAACUAUAGUAAACAAAGCCAUGCCAGUGUUUGAGAAGCCAUUCUACAGCAUCGAAAUCCCUGAAAAUAUCCAGUUACAUACACCUGUAGUUCACGUCCAGGCUACCGACUCUGAAGGCCCCAAAGAUAGUAUACACCAUCUCUGAGGGAGAUGCCUUCAGUCAGUUUUCCAUCAAUUUCAACACAGGUGUCAUACAUGUAAUCCAACCUCUAGAUUUUGAGACCCACCCCGCUUAUAAAUUGAGUGUCAGAGCCACAGACUCACUAACUGGGGCCCACUCUGAUGUCUUUGUCGAUAUCAUUCUGGAAGACGUCAACGAUAAUCCCCCUGUCUUCCAAACUAAAGUCCUACAACGCAAGUGUUUCUGAAGCUUCUUUUAUCGGCACGGCAGUUUUGCAAGUCGCCGCCACAGACUCUGACACUGUCAACAACAAAGUGCUCUUCUACCAGCUAGUUGAGGACAAGGAAAAGAGCUCAGACUACUUCAGCAUUGACCGUGACUCAGGAAUCAUCUGGACCGCUCGCAUGCUCGACCAAGAGGAAAAGCAGCAACACAAGCUGACUGUCCGUGCUGUGGAUGGAGGAGUGCCUGCCCUCUCCAGCGAUGUCACUGUGACCGUAGAUGUCACUGACCUGAAUGACAAUGCUCCGGCGUUCACUGAGAGCACUUACAAAGCCACGGUCAGCGAAUUGGCCCCCCGUGGUCACUUUGUCACCCAUGUCCAGGCGUCCGACGUCGACAGCUCAGACGCCGGCAGGCUUGAGUUCUCCAUCCUGUCUGGCAAUAAGGACCAGAACUUUGCCAUGGAUAAAAAGACUGGGGCCAUCAUCAUCUCCAACCACCGUAAACUACAGAUGGAGCCACUGUACAACCUCAACGUGUCCGUGUCAGACGGUGUAUUCAGGAGCUCUGCCAUGGUCAAAGUCACAGUCAAUGGUGCCAACUUCCACAACCCCACUUUCCCCCAGGUCGACUAUGUGGUUGAACUCACUGAGAACUCGCCGGUUGGCACGUUAGUUGCUGAGGCCAAAGCCACAGACGAAGACCCUGGCACAUACGGGCGCCUAACUUACCACAUCGUCAACGAUUUUGCCAAGGACAAGUUCUCAGUCAAUGAAAAUGGGGAGAUUUUCACCCUGGAGAUCCUAGACCGCGAGAAUGCCAUUGAGAAGGUCAUCCCAAUAUCGCUCAUGGCAAAGGACGGUGGCGGAAAAGUAGGCUUCUGCAUUAUUAAUGUGAUUUUGACAGAUAUCAAUGACAACGCCCCACAAUUCAGGGCAGUGGAGUACAAUGCCAAUGUAGCAUCGGAUGUCCCCAGGGGAACCACCGUGGUGAAAAUCGCUGCAUCAGACAUGGAUGAGGGUAGCAAUGCCGACAUCGCUUACACCAUCGAAGCCGAUGUGGAAAACGUGGAGGAGAACUUCGAAAUCCACCCCUUCAGUGGAGUCAUUGUCACCAAAGAGAGCCUCAUCGGACUCGAAAACGACCUCUACGCGUUCUACGUUAGGGCAAAGGAUGCUGGGAGUCCUUCCAAGCAAUCCGUCGUCCGCGUUUACAUCAGGAUAGUGGCCCCUGAGGUACCGGUCCCCAAGUUCGCGGAGCCACACUACCGGUUCACCAUCGCCGAAGACAUGCCCAUCGGCACGGAUAUUGACGUCAUCCAGGCGGAGAGUGAACUACCGGUGUUCUACAGCCUAGUGAAGGGCAACACCCCGGAGAGUAACCAGGAUGAGGUCUUCGUGGUGGAUCGGGACACCGGGACCCUGAAGCUGGAGAAGAGUAUGGACCACGAGACCACCAAGUGGUACCAGCUCACGCUGCAAGCCCAGAGCCAACAGGAGGGCUACGAAACGGUGGCGUCUGUCGACAUCAACAUCCAGGUCAAGGACCUCAACGACAACAAGCCUGUGUUUGAGGCUGACCCGUAUGAGGCGGUGGUGGUGGAGAACCUUCCGGAUGGCACGCCGGUUAUCCAGGUCAAAGCCACCGACCAGGACUCGGGCACCAACGGUCAAGUCAUCUACAGCCUGGACCCUAAACAAACCUCGGCUGAGAUCUCGGAGCUGUUCGCCGUUAACAGUGAGACAGGCUGGGUGACGACAUUGAAAGAACUCGACCGUGAGAAGACUAGCAAGCACACCAUUGCUGUGCUGGCCACCGACCGCGGGGACAAGGUGCAGCUGGUGACCAGCGCCACUGUGGAGGUCACCGUGGCCGACGUCAACGAUAACCCGCCGCGCUUCACCGCCGAGAUUUACAAGGGUACGGUGAGCGAAGACGACCUUCCGCCCAGUGGAGUCAUUGCCAUCCUGAGCACGACAGACGCCGACACGGAGGAGAUCAACAAACAAGUCAACUACUUUAUCACAGGUGGGUUUUUAUCUCUAACAAUACUAGUAAUUGCUCUUCUCACAGCUCAUGGCCUUAUAGCCUUCCCCGUUUGUGUUAAUUAACAGCUUUAAUGAACACCGCUCAAAAGAGGAUUAGACAUUUACACCCGCUUAAAUAUGAAGAUCAUAUCUGCUUUCUGAACAUACAUCGCACAUUCUUUAUCUGUAAAUCCUUUGAAUUGACUAAUUUGCGAAAGCUCAAGGCAAAUAUGUAGGUCAUCAGAAGAAGAAUAAAAAGACGGAAACGUUUAAUGAUCUCGAUAACACUUUGACAUUGACGGGGGAAAUGCACUUCCUAUGGUGCUAAUUAGCAGAUGUGAAUGACUAUGCCACAUUUAAUAACCAGAGAUUUUAGGAAUUAGCUCUCAUAUUAGCUUGGAUGCACAUUUCCUACUACACAACAAUUAUGGUUUCCUGUGUACCGAACAUACUUACUUCAUGAAUGUGGGUUUGCAAUUUGAAGUUGUUAUGAUAAAUGAAUAAUAUAAACGUUACCUGAGGUAGAUUUGCUCAGGCACUAUAAAGAGCCCGGGGCUGAGCACGACUCUGACCAGCGGACAGCUUUUGAAAUAGGAAGUGAUAACUGGUAGACAUGGAUGCAGUUCCUCUUUGAGCUUCACUACACUCACAGGAUAAGAUCUUCUCUGAUUCCAAGACUAACCCUAAUGGAAAGGCUCAUUGAUGUAUGAUGCAGUACAGUCCACUAACAGACGAACACACACCCUUGAGAUACACACACACACACACGCACACACACACGCACACACACAAACAAAACCACUAGCCCUCUCGAAAUCAGGCAGGGGCCGUAUUGUGGCACAUUGUUCAUUAGUUUGAAUGCCACUCUCCCCAUUGACUCUCCGCAAUGACUCGCUCUUCGUUAACUCUCUCCCCAUACAGGAGGCGACCCUCUAGGACAGUUUGCGAUCGAGCACCUCCAGAACGAGUGGAAAGUGUCUGUCAGGAAGCCACUGGACCGCGAGGAGCGUGACAACUACCUCCUAAAUAUCACCGCCACCGACGGCACCUUUGCCACCAAGGCCGUGGUCGAGGUCAAAGUCCUGGACGCCAACGACAACAGCCCUGUUUGCGAGAAGGUAAAGAGAAGGCAGCCCGCUAAAAAAUGUCAUGUUAUCGGCGUGUGGGGGUACACGCUAUGCAUGACAAGUACCUGGGAGAAAGGAGGGAGGGAGCGAGGGAGGAAAAUAAGAGGUUUGGAAAGGUUUGUCGUCGAGGGAAAGGCAAGCGGAAAUUAAGGGGUAAUUUUCUUACAUCAAGGGCUUUUUUUACCAGCUGAUGUAUUUCCAUUGCUGAUUUGUAUUGUGGUUUAAGUGCUUACAAUGAUGGUGCUGCUGUGAUUGUAAUGUAUUUUCUUUCUACCCCUCUCUCCAUUUCCUCCCUUCUUGUUAUUCUACCUAUUGAAUUAUGCUUAUUCUUGCAUAUUCAAACUUUUUACUUCUCUCUGUCCGCCCCUACUUUUCUCCAUCAAUCUUUUUUCUCCCUUCUGACACCUUUCCCCCUCUUCUUCCCUCUUCACGCCCACACACUCUCUCUUCCUCCCUUUCUCUCUCUCCCCUCUCUCUCUCUCCGCUCCGCCAGUCCCUCUACACAGAGAGGGUCCCCGAGGACUUCCCAGCCGGCAGGCUCAUCCUGCAGGUCUCGGCCACGGACGCAGACAUCCGCUCCAACGCCCACAUCUCCUACGAGCUCCAGGGACCGGGAGCCGAGCUCUUCACCAUCGACCCCGACACAGGUGUGUGUGUGUGUGUGUGUGUGUGUGUGUGUGUGUGUGUGUGUGUGUGUUGGUUUGUCUGUCUGCUUCUCUGUCUGUCUGUGUUACACCUCAACACACUCAAUGUGUUGACUAGUCUUCCCAUGCUACCAUACAGCUAAUCAAAAUCAAAAAACCACAGGACCAUGUCUGCCACAGUGUAGAGUCGAUUCAAGUCAUUUCAAAUGGCUGCACUGCACUCGGAUUCAUCCAGUUUCGAUUCACGGCAUGUCCAAGGUUAUUCUGACUAUUAUGACUAUCAAAUGUGCAUGGGUGCGUGAUGGCAGCAUGACGUGCGACACUAACCCACACAUACAUACAUACACACAAACGCACACACACACACAAACACACACACACACACCAGUUUUACAAUGCCAUGAUUUGAUGUUUGACCCUAACAAAACUAAACUCCCGAACCCUGUCUUUUGCCUCGCUCUGUAACAUCACAAACAGACACAGUAAUAACCCCCAGUGUGAACGCCAGUCAUGCACACUGCACACUUUCUGAUUGAAUUAUAAUCCAUCCAGCCCAGUGUGUGUAUCUAGUGGCAAGGUGGAUUUGGUUUACGUCACCUCCUUUUGAUUAUUAUUUUCAUGUAAUUUGCCCCAGAACAUUUCCCCGGAGGGGUAGCGAGCCAUGACGCUAAGAACCCGAGUUUCAUCUAACAUACAAGCGACAUCGUACUCGCCUGAAGGUUUCGAGUCUCCUCUGCAGAAAGCGGAGACAAAAUUGAAUGACAUGAGUCAAACUCUAGAAAACACAAAACCAGUUAGCUCCCAUUAACCCCCACACUAAAAAAAGAAAUGGUACAUUGGUUUAUUUCUGAAGGGAGAGAGAGGGUUAUGAAGAAACAAGACAGCAGCAGUGUAGAGUAAGCUAGAGACCGAGAGAGCAGCCCCGUACUUGUACAACACAACAACAGCCCCUUUAUUGUGGAUCAAGUUCAGACGUACUUUGAUACCUCGUUAUGAGCCAGCGACAAGCAGAGAGAAAAAGAGUGUUCUUUUAGUUUGGCCCAAAGGAGGAGAAGGAGAGCUACUGUUGCGGAGUGGAUUUAGUCAGAGUAUCGAGAGGGGGUCCUUUUUCUGUACAGAGAUGGAGGAUUAAUGCAUGCGAGGAACGCUAAGAGGUUUUGUUAGUUUCGGCAGUUUGUUUGCAUGUGUGGGAGCACAUGUGAGUCCAGCGAGGCCCUGGUAAUGUUGGCGUGCGCCAUAUCCCAGGACACCUCCUAGCUGCUCUUAGCUGCCAACUACUCCUGUCCUCCUGCGUAUUCCCUCGCCCCCCCCCCCCCCCUCGCUUCCUCUCUGUCAAUUAUUGAUUGAUUUCUCUCCAUCCUCUUCUGAAAACCAUUAGUUGUUUGGAUGAGGGUUGGACGCUUGGAUCAGGGGAAGGGGUUUGUGGCAUACAAGAGGAUAUGAGGUCUUAUAACACACACACAGGCACACACACACACACACACACACACGUCUGACUCAGGGAUCUGUGAGAAGAGUGUUACUUCUGAAAGCACUGAAGUGGCUAAUCCCAAGUUAAAAAUAGAGGUGUGUGGACAUGAGCACGACAAGUUUGUAAAAGUUUUCGGAACUAACCCAGCUAACACAGCCCAUCUGAAUUUAGCCCGCCCAACUACCUCAUCCCUAUAUUGUUAUUUAUUUUGCUCAUUUGCACCCCAGUAUCUCUAUUUGCACAUCAUCUCUUGCACAUCUAGCAUUCCAGUGUUAAUACUAAUUGUAAUUAUUUUGCACUAUAGCCUAUGUAUUGCCUUACCUCCAUAACUUGCUACAUUUGCACACACUGUAUAUAUAUUUUGUUUUAUUUUUGACUUUAUGUUUUGUUUUACCCCAUAUGUAACUCUGUGUUGUUGUUUUUAUCGCACUGCUUUGCUUUAUCUUGGCCAGGUCGCAGUUGUAAAUGAGAACUUGUUCUCAACUGGCCUACCUGGUUAAAUAAAGGUGAAAUAAAAAAAAUUAAAAAGUUACAGAUCAGCUUCCCUUAACCUUUGUUUUGGUGAUAGUUAACAAGAUGGACAGAGUGAAUUCUCUGAAGAGACUUUAUAAAUGGAGGUCCAUUAUCAUUUGUACACAGUAUCGAUUUAGUUUUUUUUAACUCAAACCAGCCGUGGGCUGCAUUAAAUCGGUUUAUGUUUGACACCCCUGGUCUAGGGGCACUCUACACCGAACUAAAUGGCUCAGAGACCAUUUAGCUUUACUUGCGUUUCAUUUUGAUGCUUUCUUGGGAGGGGCAUGGGGUAGGUGGAGGAUGCAGUUCUAACACUAUCUCUCCUUGUAAAACAUGACCUUUUUUUAAAGAGUGCAACUCGCAAGCGCCAUACCGUGUAAAAGUGGGUGUGGAUUGCAAGAGCUUUUAACAAGCCUGUGUGUGUGUGUGUGUGUAUAUCUUCACUUUUAACGACUUGUGUGUGAUUGACGUGUGUGUGUGUGUGUUUGCCUGCCCCAUUGAUUGACACAUUCUUUCUCCCUGUUCCAUUUCCCAGGUGAACUGAAGACCCAGCAGCCCCUGGACCGCGAGGAGCAGGACGAGUACCGUCUGACAGUGCGGGCACUAGACGGCGGCGGGCGCUACUGCGAGGCGGCCGUGCACCUGGCCGUGGAGGACGUGAACGACAACGCGCCACAGUUCACCUCCGACCCCUACGCCAUCACCGUCUUCGAGAACACGGAGGUCGGCACCUUCGUGGCACGGCUGCUCGCCACCGACCUCGACACCGGUACGUUUGUUUGUUUAUUUACAAAUGAGUAUUUGUUUGUUGUUCUUAUUUGACCAGUCUUCCACCAGGCAAUGCUAAGCUCUCUGAUCUACACCUGGUGUUUUCUACGUUGUGCACAGGCACAGUACGUUUCUUCUUACUAUUGACAGUGCCCAUGUCUGAUUGACACUAUGGCGCUCGAUGUUAUCAGUCAGUAAACUUAGUUGAAUUUGAACCACGUCAUCUUUGUUUGUGAGCAGGCAAGUCACUUAAUAAUUCAUCUUUCUGCUGAGAAAUAAAGCUGCAUUGCUUUUCCCCUGCAAUUCCGACUCCACAGUAUCACAGUAAUCCCCACUCUGUUUUACACCAGACUCUUAUGUUGCAAAACAAUGAUAGGGAGAAAUAGAAUUUCAUGGAUGAAAUUCUAUUCUCCUCGAGCACUCGAUUCUGUAAAGGCCUAAUGGCCAUUUUCUAUUUGCCAUUUGCCGGUGGGUAAGUCACAACCCACACCUUCCCUUCAUAGUCUUCUAUGACUUUUGUGUUUUUGUGUUUGUGGUCCAGUAGAGAAUGGCGCUUACAACUUCAGGAUCAUGGGUUCAAUUCCCGCUGGGGCCACCCAUACGAAAAUAUAUGCAUGCACUACUGUUAGUCGCUUUGGAUAAAAGCAUCUACUACCUGGCAUAUAUUGUCUUCAUCUUUCAGGAAACCCACCUAAGCAGGAGCAGCCGCUUUGAAAUGAAAACAUUUGCUUCCCAAAACUCCCUCAAAUAGAGGACAGUUGAAAGCGUCAGUGUGGCGGCCAUAUUUAAACUCAAGAGGUGUAAUAUUACCAAACUCCCCUAAAAUGGGACAUGAUUUGUGCAUUUAGCGGUACUACCAAUUUGACUAGAUAUGUUCUCCUCUCACAGGGCAACGUGUUCUAGACUAGGGGAGCGUGUUAGCCUGUUCCCUUCAAAAGCCUAGGUACGGAUGAAGAGAAGCUCUCUCUCUCUCCCUUUCUCACCCCCCUCCUCCCUUCCUCCAUCUCUCUCAGUCCUUCAGGUAAACUAACAGUUUGACGGAUUGAAUGGGAUGUAAGAACGGGGACGCUCGUUUGUUUGCUCAGAAAGUCGAAGCGCUAAAGGGGGCCUGCUUUUUCGACAGCUCUUCCCCCAGGGUUGGCACACUAGCACGGAAUUCCUAAAGUCCGCCCUACCUCCGUGCGAACAUAAAGGAUAUCUGAAAGGAGGAGAGGGGAAAUUAGGUUCUCCCCUCCCUCCUCCCCUCCCUCCCCCAAUUUUAGCCGGAGGCACAUUUCAGAUCAUUUGGAGCUGUAUUGGAGAGAGGGAGAGGGAGAGGGAGAGGGAGAGAGAGAGAGAGAGAGAGAGAGAGAGAGGGAGAGAGGGAGAGAGAGAGAGAGAGAGAGAGAGAGAGAGAGAGAGAGAGAGAGAGAGAGAGAGAGAGAUUGGAUUUGCAUUCCCUUCACACGUGUUGGUAUCACACACACAGAUGUGUAGAGUUCUAGUUUGUAUCUUUAUCAACAGCCUCCCCUGCAGGGAAAUAACACAGUCAAGGCCAUCUAUGACAACUCUGACGAGACCCGUGUAGCUCAGUUGGUAGAGCAUGGCGUUUGCAACGCCAGGGUUGUGGGUUCGAUUCCCACGGGGGACCAGUAUGAAAAUGUAUGCACUAACUAACUGUAAGUCGCUCUGGAUAAGAGCGUCUGCUAAAUGACUAAAAUGUAAAUGUAAAAAUUAGACAAAAUACCAAUUUUGCCACAGUCCAGGUCACGCAGUCCUCACUCACUCAGCCAGCUGCCAUUGGACUGAUUCAUCAGUAUGCAUAACUCCAUUGUCUGUUGUGUGCACUUGCGUGCGUGUCAGACCUCUAUUGUCGAAUAGAUAGAGGAAUCAUUCGCUAGUCGGGCAGGACCAUCAAUAUUUGAGACUCAGAGUAUCUCUUUGCUUCAAAUGUUGACACAUUUGGAGCACUGCCGGUUCCCUGCACAAGUUGUGCUAUCUAGUUUGGCUCAUUUGGGUUGACGAGGUUGGAUACUUUCAUACUUACUUGCGUCAUUGCCCCUGCUGUGUGCCCACUGCCAUGGCUGCGUUUCACAAAAUGGUUUCUUAUCAGUCUUGGGGAAAGAACCAGACAAACCAGGAAGCUGGUUGGUGACCUUAAAUUGCUUUAAAGGGAGAAGUUAUGCUAACACAUUCCUUUCUCUGUUUCUUCUCUCUCUCUCUCUUUCUCUUUAUUUUCUCUCUCACUCUUUCCUCUAUCCCCCUAUCUCUCUCUCCCCAGCUGUUAUGUUCUGAAGUGGUUUCUUUUCUUUCUCUUCCUUGUCUGUCCAUCCCAGCGUUCAUGCGGCUCAUACUAGACGUAAACAAGCUUUCCUGCCACUUUGGGUUGAGGAGGAACGUCAUUGCUACCACUGUCGAUAAAGUUUCAACGAAUGCUGUCUUCCGAAGGCGCAGUUCAAUCAAACCCACGGUGCAGAAUUUGGAGUUAGUCAGUUAGCGUUUAAACAUUUUGUUUGCCUGUGGUUAAGUAAAAUGGCAGACUGAUUUUGGAUAAAAGUUGUAAUUUUUAAUAGCAGUUAAAUAAGGUACUGCAUAAACUUACAAAAUCAGGUGUGGUUGAAUCAGACCCCCAGUCUUGGAGAAAACCUUCAGAAGACUGGAUAUGAAGUAUACUCGUCUAGUGACGUGAGUCGAGAUUGCUUAAUGAUUUGGCGCAAUCCACUUAACCGUCAUCAAGCAAUUUCUGUCGGCAGAGUAAUUUGGUCUGAUAAAAGCGAUGGUGACUGGGACCAACAGGUGGCAAUAAACCGGGCUCCCGCUGACAAAAGGUGUGUCCCAAUGGUACCCUGUUCCCUUUAUGUGACCAGGGCUCACAAGGCGGCCACUUUUGAAUAGGGCCCAUAGGACUCUGGUCAAAAGUAGUGCACUAUUGAAUAGGGUGCCAUUUGAGACAUUUACAUUUACGUCAUUUAGCAGACGCUCUUAUCCAGAGCGAAUUACAGUUAGUGCAUACAUUAUUAUUAUUUUUUUUGAUUAUUAUUAUUAUUUUAUUUUUUAUACUGGCCCCCCGUGGGAAUCGAACCCACAACCCUGGCGUUGCAAACGCCAUGCUCUACCAACUGAGCUACCUCCCUGCCGGCCAUUCCCUCCCCUACCCUGGACGACGCUGGGCCAAUUGUGCGCCGCCCCAUUGGUCUCCCGGUUGCGGCCAGCUACGACAGAGCCUGGAUUCGAACCAGGAUCUCUAGUGGCACAGCUAGCACUGCGAUGCAGUGCCUUAGUCUCCUUAGUCUUAAUGAGAUGCAGGAGGAGGGGUGUGUGUGUGUGUGUGUGUGUGUGUGUGUGUGUGUGUGUGUGUGUGUGUGUGUGUGUGUGUGUGUGUGUGUGUGUGUGUGUGUGUGUGUGUGUGUGUGUGAGUGAGAGAAAGAGAUGUGGGCCACCUGCAAAAAGGCAUUAUGGUUAUUGUCCACAUCCGUCUCGUUUUCGGACCGCCCUGUCGGGAAGAGGCAAGGUGUUAUUACGAGGACGACGUGACUUGCAUGUUUGUCUUGUUCAUGCUUUUGGUUGGUGAAAAGGGUAUAUUAUGUUGAAAGUUUGAUAUUAAAAAGUAUUGGAGUUUGUGACUGUAUUGCUGAGAAUGUACAUGCAGAUUAUAUUAUUUAAUGUUUGGAUUGUUUACGGUUUUGCUUUCAAACAAACGCAAACCGAUAAUGAACUGCCACUCAGAAUAAUGUUAGUCUACUGCUCUUAUAUCAGAUUAUCAGAUUCUAUAUAUUACUUUUAUUUUAGUCCACAUGUUUUUAACAUUAUCUCUAUCUCUCUCUGUCUCCUCCCAGGCUUGAACAGCGACAUCCUCUACUCUCUCGCCGACUCGGCUGACGGCCACUUCUCCGUGGACGAGCGUACCGGUGUCGUCGCAUUAAAAAAGCCCCUGGACCGCGAGGCGCAGGCCGUGUACGAGCUCAAAGCGCGCGCCUCCGACCAAGGCUCCCCUCGCCGCCUCUCGUCCCUCUCCCGCGUCACGGUCUCCGUGCUGGACAUCAACGACAACCCGCCCGUGUUCGAGCACCGCGAGUAUGUGGCGGCCGUGUCGGAGGACGUGGCGGUGGGCACGCAGUUGCUGAGGGUGCACGCCGCCAGCCGGGACAUCGAGGCCAACGGGGAGAUCGCCUACGCCAUCGUGAGCGGGAACGAGCACGGCAUGUUCAGUGUCGACCCUCGGACUGGUAUGUCUCUCUCUCUCUGUCUCUGUCUCUGUCUCUGUCUCUGUCUCUGUCUCUGUCUCUGUCUCUGUCUCUGUCUCUGUCUCUCUCUCUCUCUCUCUCUCUCUCUCUCUCUCUCUCUCUCUCUCUCUCUCUCUCUCUGCCCCUCUAGUCUCCCCCUUCUACCUCUCCUCUCCCCUCUUCUUUAUAUGUCUCCCCAAUCGCCAGGGGCUCCAUAGUAUGACUACCAUCUUCUCCAACCUCUUUGUGUGUAUGUGUGUGUUUCAAAGGCAGGUUAGCGUUUUUUGUAAAGAAUUUUGAUCUGGAAGCAGCUCUGCAGAGUGGUCACUAGCUGGCACAGCCACAAAGUCAUAAAAUCGGAUUUGAACCCUAACCUUAACCACACUGCUAACCCUAAUGCCUAACCUUAAAUGAAGACCAAAAAGCUCAUUUUUGUUUUUAUGAAUUUUUACAAUAUAGCCAAUUUUGACUUUGCAGUUGGCCUAUCUAAGGGGAAAUCUCUCAGUAAACGUCAACCUGUGUUUCAAAGGGGAUGUAGCAGAUUAUAUUUCUGUUGUGUACAUUGGACAGGAAUGUAAUCUUCUCCCAACUGUCCUAUUCUCCCUCUUUCCUCUCCUCUCCAGGUGACAUCUUCGUCAUCGAGCCGCUGGACUUCGAGGUGUCCCACGAGUACUACCUGACGGUGGAGGCCACGGACGGGGGCACGCCGCCGCUCAGCGACAUGGCCACGGUCAACAUCAACCUGACGGACGUCAACGAUAACAGCCCCGCCUUCGGCCAGGCAACCUACGCCGCCGUGGUGGCCGAGGACGCCGAGCCCGGCAAGACGUGGUGGCGGUGAGUUGACCAAUGCAUGACCAUUCUGAUCAUUUGGUCUGGUGUUUCCCUUCACAACUAGAAAAAAACUACAUACAAAAUUGCUAAAGGAAUAAAUUAGAGUCUCUGUUUGUGUUGGAACCUAUAAAUGUUUUUUUACUGCAGUGAUUCCCCCGCCUCUGUAUCUCUCUCUCUCUCUCUGUCUCUCUCUCUCUCUCUCUCUGUCUGUCAGUGUCUCUUGCUCUGUCUGUGUCUGUCUGUCUCUCUCUCUCUGUAUGUGUCUCUUCAUCGCUUGGUCUGUCUGUUGUUCUUGUCUGUCUGUCUGUCUGGUUCUUCUCACUUGUCUUGUCUGUGUCUCUGUCAGUUGUUGUGUCCUGUCUCUCUCUUGUAUCAUCUCACGGCUGUCUGUUAGUAUAUCUCUCUCUCUCUAUAUCUCUCUCUGCUGUUCUGUAUGUCUGUUGUCUGUUCUCUGUCGUCUUCAUUUCUUGUCUGUAUGUCUGUGUGUGUCUAUCUGUCUGUGUCUGUGUCUCUGUCUGUCUCUCUCUGUCUGUCUGUCUCUCUCUGUCUGUCUGUCUGUCUGUCUGUCUGUCUCUCUCUGUCUGUCUGUCUGUUCUGUCUGUGUCUGUCUGUCUGUAUGUCUGUCUUGUCUGUCGUCUCGGUCUGUUCUGUCUGUCUCUCUCUGUCUGUCCUCUGUAUGUCUCUCUAUGUCUCCUUCUGUUGUCUCGUCUCUGUCUCUGUCUCUCUUCUCUCUCUCUCUCUCUCUCUCUCUCUCUCUCUCUCUCUCUCUCUCUCUCUCUCUCUCUGUGUGUGUAUGUAUGUCCGUCACGUAUCAGUUGCUGUGUUAGAUCACCUUCUGGUGGUGCAGAAUUAAAUGAGGACCUCCUCCUCCGCUCUUCAUGCUCGGCCUACUGUAACAAACACACACACACACAAUAAUGAAUUGAAGACAGGUGACUCACUAAGCCGUCCCUUUCUCACUGUCCCCCUCUCCUUCUCUUCCUCUCUCUCUCCCUGCACGUCACCUUUCUCUCCCCUUCCCCCUUUUUCUAUACAUCCCAACACCUCUUCCCUCACCCCUCCUGUCCCUUAUUCUUCCCCUGUGUCCAAUUCUAAACUGUGUCUAAUCAACAUGAAUAUAAAUGAUCCGUCGUUAAAUGGGAAUUUUAAACCUGCCCGUGUCACACACGUGUGAAUCCUCUCCGUCCCCUGAUUUCCCCUGGGAUCCAUUUCAAUACAGGCCAGGUGUGUGUGUGUGUGUGUGUGUGUGAACAUCUCGUGUCUCGUGUCAGAGCAGGUGUGUGUGUCGUCCUCGGGCGGCUGGUCGUAACUCUUCCUUUCUCCUGUUCUCCCGGGUCGUAGGUGAUGGCGGAGGAUGCAGACGGGCCAGCCUAUAACCACGUGCGUUACUCCAUCGUGGAGGGGAACCAGGGCAGUCCCUUCACCAUUGACCCAAUCAGGGGAGAGGUCAAAGUGGCACGCCAGCUAGACAGAGAGACGGUAUGGUGAAACAUUCAACUCUAUAAUGGUUGGGCGUUGAUGUAAAUACAUUAAAAUGCGUAUCUGUGAAAUGUCUGUGAAGUUCAUGUCUGUGUGGGGGGGUGGGUGAAUAUGUGUGACAAUGUAUUUAUGCUACUUCACAUAUUCAUUUAUGUGUGUGUCUAAAUAUAUGCAUUUGUGUGUGUGUGUGUGGAUAUCUAAUUCUGUCUUCAGUGACACUUUAAUUGCACUGAAGACUGCAAUCAAACUUAAAAGCAGCCAGUUUACCAGUCAGCUUUGCAUUAUCGCUUACAAAAGCAGUACAGAGAAUGAUUAUUAAUUCUCUCUCUCGCUCUCUCUCUCGCUCUCGCUCUCUCUCUCUGUCUCUCUUCUCUCUUCCUCUCUUCUCUUCCUCUCUCUCUCUCUUCCUCUCUCUCUCUCUUCUCUCUCCCUCCUCUCCUUCUCUCUCUCUGUCUCUUCCCUCCCUCCCCCAUCAGACAUCGGGAUACACCCUGACGGUGCUGGCGUUGGACAACGGCGUUCCGGCCCGCUCCAGCAGCGCCACGGUCAACAUCGACGUGUCUGACGUCAACGACAACCCGCCCCUCUUCUCCCCUGCCAACUACAGCCUCAUCAUCCAGGUGAGAAGAGAGGGAGGGAGGGAGGAGGGUAGUGAAGGUGGUAAAGAGGGAAAGGUGCUGGGAAAUAUGGAGAGCAGAGUUGGUGAGAGGAGACGUAAGAAGAAGAGAGGGAUGGGGGAGGAAGUGAAGAAAGAAGGGGUGAGAUGACUGAAGGUGGAAGGAUUCGAAAGACCAUAGUAAAUAAGGAGGAAAGAUGCAUUGUUUUGUAUCAGGGAGGGAGGGAGGGAUGAGAGUAGGGAGGAAGGGAGGGAGGGAUGGAGGGAGGGAGGGAGGGAGGGAGGGAGGGAGGGAGGAGAGGGAUGAGGGUAGGGAGGGAUGAGGGUAGGGAGGGAGGGAGGGAGGGAUGAGGGUAGGGAGGGCGGGAGGGAGUGAGGGUAGGGAGGGAGGGAUGAGAGGAGGGAGGGAGGGAGGGAGGGAGGGAGGGAUGAGGGUAGGGAGGGAGGGAUGAGAGGAGGGAGGGAGGGAUGAGGGUAGGGAGGGAGGGAUGAGAGGAAGGGAGGGAGGGAUGAGGGUAGGGAGGGAGGGAUGAGAGGAAGGGAGGGAGGGAGGGAUGAGAGGAAGGGAGGGAGGGAGGGAUGAGAGGAGGGAGGGAGGGAGGGAUGAGAGGAGGGAGAGAUUGGGCAAAUAAGGAUAGUUGAUGCACCGUCAGGUAUCUAUCUCUGUCUUGAGUUUUGAGGAGCCACAGUGAAAACCAGAAACGUAAUUUCGGAGAAAGUCUGAAAUCUGAUAUAGGGAUUUGGUAUCUGUGCACACACACACAUACGCACACCGAAAAAAUUACUUAGCCUUUGAGGAGAAAAAGAUUGCUUCACAAGAUUGCUUCUCACAUCCCUUCCCCUCUCCUGCUCUCCCACACACCUACAAACGUAUCAAGCAUUCCUUACUGCCUACAGUACCCCUGAAUACUAUAAAGUUUAAACCACUUCCUUCUCUUGCAGGAGAAUCGUCCAAUGGGGACUAGUGUUGUCCAGCUCAUUGUGACCGACCGGGACGCCACACACAACGGGCCGCCGUUCGCCUUCACCAUUGUCGACGGCAACGAGGGCGGUGUGUUCGAGGUGAACCAACAGGGGGCGCUGCUAGUGGUGGAAGAGCUGAAGAGGAAGACCAAGGAGAACUACCUACUGAAUGUCCAGGUACUAUAGGAGCAUAUGGAGAGACAAGGCAUGGUAUUGGUUGGUCACUUCCUCUCCCUCUCUAUUAAUGUGUUUCCUUCCUUCACUUUCUCUUUCUUUCCCUCUCUUACUGUCUCUCUCUCUCUCUUUCUCUCUCUCUGGAUCUCUCUCUCUUUCUCUCUCUGUAUCUCUCUCUCUCUAUCUAUCUAUCUCUGUAUCUCUUUCUUUUCUCUCUUCUCUAUUCUAUUUAUCUAUCUUCUAUAUCUACUUUCUCUAUCUCUUUAUAUCUCUAUUCUCUUUCUUUCUCUUCUGUAUCUCUGUAUCUCGCUCUCUCUCUUUCUCUCUCUCUGUAUCUCUAUUUCUCUCUCUGUAUCUCUCUUUCUAUCUCUCUGUAUCUCUAUUUUCUUUACUGUCUAUCUUCUCUUUCUUUACUUGUAUCUCUUAUAUCUCUGUAUCUCUUUCUCUCUCUGUAUCUCUCUUUCUCUCUCUCUGUAUCUUUCUUUCUCUCUCUUUCUCUCUUUCUCUCUCUAUCUGGAUCUCUCUCUGUAUUUCUUUUGUCUCUAUCUGUAUCCUCUCUCUAUCUACUCUCUCUCUCUCUCUCUCUCUCUCUCUCUCUCUCUCUCUCCACCCCCUCUACUCCCCCAUAAUACUUAUACUUAUGUUUACCUUUUUUCCUCUCCCUACUCUCUAUCUCUCUCUCUGUAUGUGUUAAAUAGCCUCCUCUGCAGCUGCCCACUGUGAUAAACCUCUCUUAGAAACAUCAAAAGGAUGACAAGAUCUAUAGCGUCAAAUCGAAAGAAUCACCAUGUAUAAAAAAAAUUACAAAAUGCACCGAGUGAGUCAGAGUGCAAGGCAGAAUAUCUCACAUGAGAGGCAUAGUGGAGAGCUCCGCAGCCAACGCGCGUGUUGCCAGUCGGUGAACUACUGUCCUCUCUCUCCGAGGAGAAAAGAAGUAGGCGGAUGAGAAAGAAGUGCGAUUUCUCGACUCAGACUAACGUUCUGAAUGUCGCAGAUAGAAAUAGAUUGAAUAGAGCUGAGACGGUUUCCCUAUUCUGUCUGACAGACAGCCAUUUCUGUUCUACACUGUGUAUUUCUCUGCUAACGUUUGGUAAUCCUCUUGAACACUCCAGAUGUAGCUCGGUUUUUUGGGGUUGUCGAUGUCAUUUUUUGGAUGGACUCAAAAUACUGCAGCAUCUCUGGACGUGUAAAUGCCUUUGAAAUUCAGGUGGAUGUUCAUUUGUCUGAGCACGUAGGACCUUAGUCAUUCUGCAGGUAGUACAUUUUGACUUGAGCAUUGAUGAAUGGGGAGGUUCAGCAUGAGGAGAGCACAGGCUCCCUCUACUGUGGGUAAGUGGAGCUGCAUAAAGCCAUAUAGCAAAAUGAAUGGCAAAGAUACUUGGAACGUUUGUCUUGGGUUUUUGCUGUACUGUGUAUGUCAUUUGGUUUGUCUUCUAAGAUAAGCCAAUGAUCAUAGAGUAUAAUAAACUAACUAACUAACAUGCAACUGAAGGAGUGAUAGUCAAUCAUAGGUCUAGCAUAGUUAUGGUAUUACCCAUGUAUGGGUGAUAUGGGGAUUGCAGAGUGAUAGUUGGGUCAGUCUGCUUUAACAUUAUUGCCAAAAUAGUGGCAGUUAUUUGGGCUCAUACCUUGUUCGAAAUAUUACUUUUGUUAACUUGAUGAAUGACAACAGUAAAAUAGGUGAAUUGUGUCUUAAGUUUUGGAUACAUUUUAUAACUAGGCCUAAGUCAUAGUAUGAGUUGUUGAUAAUCACAAGAAAAUCACAUGAAAGCUUUUGGUUGGGUCACCGCACAAUUUGUUUCUCUCUCUCUCUCUCUCUCUCUCUCUUUUGCAACAGACGCAAAGUGUGACUCAUCCCUCUCUCAUCUCCCUUCUCUCCCUCCAGGUGGCUGACAGCGGCAAGCCCCAGCUCCUCUCCACGGCCUACAUCAGCAUCCGGGUCAUCGACGAGAGUGUCUACCCGCCCGCUGUCUUCCCGUUGGACAUCUACAUCUCUGUCGCCGGCGAGGAAUACCCUGGCGGCGUGCUCGGCAAAAUCCACGCCACCGACCAGGACAUUUACGACACGCUAACUUACAGUCUCGCACCUUCAUCAUCCUCGGAUAACGCCGAAGACGUUCUGUUCACCGUCUCCGCCUCGGACGGCAAAGUCAUCGCCCGGCGCCCGCUCGACGUGGGCCACUACCCGCUCAACGUCACCGUCACAGACGGGCGCUUUUCGGCGACGGCCGACGUGAACGUGCACGUGCGCCAAGCGACCCGCCAGGCGCUGGACAACUCCAUCGCCGUGCGUUUCGCCGCCAUCGCGCCCGAGGAGUUCGUCGGGGACUACUGGCGUACGUUCCAGCGGGCGUUGAGGAAUAUAGCGGGGGUGAGACGCAGCGAGGUGCAGCUGGUUAGUCUGCAGCCCUCAGAGCAGGGGACAGGAGACCUGGAUGUUCUACUGGCUCUGGAGAAGUCUGGGAGUCCCUACCAGCCACAGGAGGUAAAAACAUGACCAUGGCUCGUAUUCCCAAAACGUCUCAGAGUAGGAGUGCUGAUCUGGGAUCAGGUCCUCCCCCCUGUCCAUAUCAUCCUAUUAAUUGUGAUCUGAAAGGCAAAACUGAUCCUAGACCAGCAGUCACACACUAUCAAUAUGUAGCAACGAUAAUGACUUUGUUCACUAGUUUAUGAGGUUAUAAUACCGAUAAUAAUACCAAUAACGUAUAUGAUAAUAUGUUAGCUUAGCAUAACAUAUAAUAUGGCACACUAUGUAUGAAUAGCUUUUUAAAUGGUGGUCUUUCUUCUACUAACAUAACAUAUUAGCUUAGCAUAACAUUUAAUAUGGCACACUAUGUAUGAAUAGCUUUUAAAAUGGUGGUCUUUCUAAUACUAACAUCACAUAUUAGUUUAGCAUAACAUAUAAUAUGGCACACUGUAUGAAUAGCUUUUAAAAUGGUGGUCUUUCUAAUACUAACAUAAAAGUAAGAAAAGAAGACACCGGUAACCAUAGAAAUUGACAUAAUGUAUUUACAGUGGUGAAAUAGAAUCAAAACUAUAGAAUUCAUCAUAAAGAAUAGUAAAAUGCAAUCAUAAGGCGGUACGCACCAAAAUAACAUCUAGCAACUCCGGUAGAUCUCUUGGUGUAAUGGCUAAUGUUUUGGGUUGACGGUUGCUGGACCCGGGUUAGAGUCCCGGCCAGGGCUACCCCCGAAUUCGCUGCAAUAUGUUACAUUUAAAUUAAUAUGUCCAUGUAAGGGCUUCAAGUCGAUCUUUCAGUCUUUUUAAGGUCUUUACUAUUGCUUUAAGGUGGUCUUCCGCAAGCUCAACUCGUCUGCGGCGGUCAUCGAGGAGAUGACGGGCGUGCGCAUCGUGCGUGUGGUCAAGAAGCUGUGCGCCGGCCUGGACUGCCCACUGCGCUUCUGCGACGAGGUCAUCAGCCUGGACAAGACGACCAUGUCCACCUAUAGCACGGCCCGCCUCAGCUUCGUCACGCCACGACACCAGCGCACGGCUACCUGUCAAUGUGAAGGUACUGACAGACACACACAGAGACGUACACAGGCACAAACACACACACCUUUACCCCUCCCACCCCAUCACACACAAACACACACCUAAACCACCACACCCCCCCAUACACACGCCCCUACCCUCUGACCCCACGCCAUCCUAGCUUCAUCUUGGCUCUUAACCCAUAUGCGUUGUUGUUCCAGGUGGCAAAUGCCCCACAGUGAACAAGCUGUGUGAUGCCAACCCCUGCCCAGAGGGCAUGGAGUGUGUGACAGAGCAGAAGGAGGCCAAGUAUAGCUGUGUGUGUCCAGAUGGUGGCAAGCAGGGCAAGUGCUCCGGUAAGACCAGACACACCUCUCAUCCUAUCUAACUCUCUCUCUCUCCCUCGCUCUCUCUUUCUCUCUCUCCCUCUCUCUAUCUCUCUCUCAGUCUCUCUCUCUCUCCUCUCUCUCUCUCUCUCUCUCUCUCUCUCUCUCUCUCUCUCUCUCUCUCUCUCUCUCUCUCUCUCUCUAUCUCUCUCUCUCCCUCUCUCUAUCUCUAUCUCUCCCUAUCUCCCUCUCUCUCAGUCUCUCUCUCUCCCUCUCUCUCUCUCUCCCUAUCUCCCUCUGUCUCUCUCUCUCUCCCUCUUUCUCUCCCUCUCGCUCACUGAUAUGAAGCUGUCAAAUGAGUAUAUAUGAACCUACUGUUUGUUUUCUCACUGUCUCGUUAUCGCUCUCUCCCUCCUCUAUUUCUCCCCCCUCCCAUACUUAUCCUUACCUCUCUUUAUCUCUCCCCCCCUUCCUCCCAGACGGCCAGUCCCUGACGUUCAGCGGGACGGGCUAUGUCAAGUACCGUCUGAUGGAGAAUGAGAACAAGGAGGAGAUGAAGCUUUCCCUCAGGCUGAGGACCUUCUCCAGCCACGCCACCGUCAUGUACGCCAAGGGCACCGACUACAGCAUCCUGGAGGUGGGUCAAAGGUCAAACAUGGUGCGCGCGUGUCCAUGUGAGAAAGCGCCAGAUUCUAGAUUCUAGCUACUUCUUCUAUCUGUGUGUGUGUGUGUGUGUGUGUGUGUGUGUGUGUGUGUGUGUGUGUGUGUGUGUGUGUGUGUGUGUGUGUGUGUGUGUGUGUGUGUGUGAAAUAAGUGUUAUAAAAAAAUCACCAUCCCACACCAUUUCAAGUCCACCAUAGUCUUUUUCCCGGCUUGGGCAUGAAAUCACAGUAAACUAACCCCUUUCUUGUCUGUGCUAUGGUUACUAUCCAAUUUAUUCUGAGUCUGCUGCUCCCGCUCCCAGUCCCAUGCCCAAUCACCAUAUUAGUCCAUGUUAUCCUGUGUAGGAAACUGCCUGAUAAGCGCUAGCUGCCAGGACCUCCCCUGGGGGCCACCCUGCUGUGUGCUGAUUGUCUUAGUCGGCCAUUUUUGAUCCUCACGUGAAAGGGCUCUGGGAAUGCGGUGGUGGGCUGCAUGUCAAACAACACAUAGCCCUGCUAUUUUCAGGGAAUGCUGGGAGGGAAGCGGAACGCACUUUCUCACACAUUCCUCUCCGGGGGACUGUCUGGGUGCCAGAGGAUCAGCUAUUCACUACAUAGUGCACUACCAUAGGGCUCUGGUCAAAAGUAGUGCACUAUAUAGGGAAUAGGGUGCCAUUUGGGACCCAGCUUAGGGCUCCAAGGGAGUUAGCCUACUGAUUUGAAUAUUACAUGAUAUCACAAGACAUAAUGUCAUACUGUAAGAUACACUAUGUAUACAAAAGUAUGUGGACACCUGUUCAAAUUAAUUCAGCUAUUUCAGCCACACCCGUUGCUGACAGGUGUAUUAAAUCGAGCACACAGCCAUGCAAUCUCCAUAGACAAACAUUGGCAGUGAAUGGCCUUACUGAAGAGCGCAGAGAUAUUCAACGUGGCACCGUGAUAGGAUGCCACCAUUCCAACAAGUCAGUUCGUCAAAUUUCUGCCCUGCUAGAGCUGCCCCGGUCAACUGUAAGAUACUGUACCUCUAGACUAGAUACUGAGAAUAGUAGUAAUAUGGCAUUAAAUAUCUGUGUGUGUAGACUGUACAGUAGUCAAUGGUACGAGAUUGUGCUCUUCAUGAAACUAGACCUUAACGUUCACAUUAUGCAUCUCAAGGUCUAAACAAUAUUAUGGUAGCUUCUAGUUAUCCAGUCUGGUUAGAUCUACAAAAGUUGCUAUGGUGGGUCGGGACUAACGGUUGUAUCUGGAUGGGGCUUAACUUAUUUUUCUCCUUUUUCUCUCUCUGUCCCAUUCUCCUUCUGUCAGAUUGUGAAUGGCCGCCUGCAGUACAAGUUUGACUGCGGCAGCGGCCCGGGAAUCGUCUCUGUACACAGCACCCAGGUCAACGACGGCGACUGGCACACGGUCACCCUUGAGGUGGAUGGCAACUACGCCAAACUAGUCCUGGACCGCGUACACGCCGCCUCGGGCACAGCGCCCGGUACUCUGCGCACACUCAACCUAGACAACAGCGUCUACUUUGGCGGGCACGUGCGCCAGCACGCCUCUUCCACCGCUGGGCGCCACGGCCGCAGCUUGCCCGUCACCAAUGGGCUCCGAGGCUGCGUGGAAGCCAUCGUGCUAAACGGCAAGGAGCUGCCGCUCAACACCAAGGCGCAUGGUGCCCACGCCGUGCUGGAGGACGUGGUGGACGUGGCGCCCGGGUGUGUGCUGGCGCCCGCUGCAGAGGGCUGCUCCAGCAACCCCUGCACCAACGGGGGCAGCUGCUCCUCACUGGCCAAAGGAGGUACGGAGCUCCCGUUGUGGUUUUUGUCGCUUUGAGUUGUUUUGAUUCAAGUUGCUUAGUUAUGCUCCUCAACCUAGUCUCCUUAUAAUGCUCAACGUUUGAUUAUUUGAAGAUGAUUACUUUAUCGUCCAAAUGUGGGUUUCUGAACCCAAAGUUAUACAGCUGUGAUCUUCAUUCCACAAUCCAAACCUGUUUAACCCAUAAUCUUUAUUCCUCAGUCUAUCCAGCUCCUGUAUGCUAAUAAACACAGUUUCUCUAUGUCUUUUACCACAAAGACAAACUAUAUUUUUUCCCCCCAGAACCCUGUGAACACAGACAUCAAGAAAUGACCUUAGAAUUACAAUAAAAUGUCCUACCUUUUUCUUAUUCCUUCUCUGCUGUUUGCCCAGGUUACUUCUGUAAGUGCAAGGCUUCAUUCAUGGGUACUCACUGUGAGAUUGGCAUCAGCCCGUGUGCCUCCAACCCCUGCCUGUACGGGGGCACCUGUGUGCCACGCGGAGACGACUUCUACUGCCAGUGCAGAGGGCAGUACUCAGGACAACGGUAUGGAUCUAUCCCUUUCAUGUAGAUAUGAUAAUUGUAUUAACAUAGUGACUGUUUAAGGGUUAAAAUGAAAUUAUAGAUUUGGGAGCUCAGACGAGCCAUUUUUCCUAACUUUUGCUAACAUAGUGCCUGUUAAAGCUGACAGAUAUAAUUAUUUAUUACUUGUAAUAAGCAUGGUAUUAAAAAUGAUGCCCUCUUACCAAUUUCAAUGUUUGGAUUUCAUUUUCAAAAAAUAUUCUGUUUUGGCAUGUGUUGUAUAAAUAUUGGCGGAGGAAACAAUCUCGGCUUAUCUGCAUUCUCAAAUCCAUCAUUCCGUUUAAAUAAAAUGCUCAUAUCCAGGGCUCAAUAUUCUCCAUCAAGAGUAACAUAUAUUAGCACUCUAUUAGCUCAAUCUGAAAUUAAAAUCAAGCCUGAGCUCGUGUUGAUAAAAACCGGAAGUACUGAUCUGUAGGAAAUGGCAUGAAGCGUUUCCGCAGCACUGAAAUCACAUGCACACAUAUCGAUAAUUCUCUGUAAAAUUAAGUAUGUAUUGGAUACUUGUAUUUAUGAUACCAGUAUUAAGGAUUGGAUUUGUGACUGUCAGGAAAUAAUGGGUUAUUUUUCAUUACCAUUUGGUCUAGGCUGCUGUAUUGAAUAUUUAUUUAACACUACAGGUGCCAGGUGGGGCCAUACUGCACAGACAACCCCUGUAAAAACAGUGGGAAGUGCAUUGACAGUCUGGAUGGUCCUGUGUGUGAGUGUGAACAGGGAUUCCAGGGUGACAGGUAUGUGUGCUCAAAGGGCGGCCAUCUUAAUGAUCAAAGCCACAGUUGUUCCAGUUUUUCUAGAUUUGCCAAACUACUAACUUUUACUGUUCAUGUGUUUCUGUCUCCUUAUUCUCUGUGUCCUUUGUUGCUUUGCAGGUGCCUCAGUGACGUGGACGAGUGCCUGAAGAACCCUUGCUCCAACGGCGGCCAAUGCCAGAACACCUACGGCUCGUAUACCUGCAACUGCUCCCUGGGCUACAUCGGGCGGCUAUGCGAACUCCGCUCCGAGGUCCGCAACGAGUUUGUCUCCACCUCCUGGAACAUCGGCCUUGAAGAAGUCAUUGGUAUUGUGGUCUUUGUGGCCUCCAUUUUCCUCCUGGUCGUCCUCUUCGUGGUCAUCCGCAAGAGACCGUGCCGAAGAAAGUCCAAGUCUGACGACGACAAGCGCAGCCCGGGAGGCUUGGGAGCGCCGCACUCCUUCCUCCAGCGGCCCUACUUUGAUGCUAAGCUCUGUAAGAACAUUUACUCUGACAUUCCGCCGCAGGUGCCUGUUCGGCCCAGCUCGUACACACCCAGCAUCCCCAGCGACUCGCGCAACAACCUGGACCGCAACUCGUUCGAGGGCUCGGCCAUCCCCGAGCACCCCGAGUUCAGCACGUUCAACCCGGACACGAUGCACGGACACCGCAAGACGGUAGCCGUGUGCAGCGUGGCGCCCAACCUGCCUCCGCCGCCGCCCUCCAACUCGGUCUCUGACAGCGACUCUAUUCAGAAGCCCAGCUGGGACUAUGAAUAUGACGGUAAAACUCUUACUUCAAUCCAUAUCUUUAUUGUUGAUUAAUAUUUGUAUAUUCCCUACUAUUUAUUUUUUAGGCUCCUUGUGGAAUUACCUCACAUCAUUCAUGGAGUGUCCAGUAGGGUUGGACCGAUAUAUGAUGAAAUCGACUAUCAUGAUAUUUGACAUUGACGAUAUAUAGUGAAGUGCAAGACCGUAUAUCGUGAUAUGUACGACUAUACGCUAUUUGAAAUGUACAAAUCAAAACUGUGCAGUUUUAUCAGUUAGGCUGUAUCAAUAUGUUAAACAUGAAGUCUAAAUGAAUUAACAAAGCUUUCUUUUUUCACCAUACUAAGAUUAUUUAAUGAGAAUGUGACGAUAAUAUCAUAAGUAAGGACAAAAAUUGCACCGUCUGGAAUGAUUUAGUCAUUAACGGCGCAAAACGAUAAUAUCAGAUAUCGCGAUAUUUGGAGUAGCAUAUUGUAGAAGAGGUCUCCCCAAAUAUCGCCCAACCCUAGUGUCCGAUACUAAAGCCAAAAUACAAAAACCCUCUAUUUCAUUCCCAGGCUACUUGGUGUGUACUUGCAACUUGAUCACAGUACAAAUUUAGCAAAUCCCUGCGUGUAGUCUCUUCCGGAAAUACUACUUCAACAACUUACAUCUUUGUAUGUUUGUCUGUGUGUUUGUGCUUCUGUACUCCAGCUAAGGUAGUAGACUUGGAUCACUGUUUGACCAAGAAGCCAGUGGAGGACAGUGCCUGUCAUUACAACACCAGGGGCAGUAUGUCUGAGGUCCAGUCCCUCAGCUCCUUCCAGUCCGAGUCAUGUGACGAUAACGGUAUGUAUCUGCACAGAAAUUGUCAACCUUGCCAGUUUAGGGAUCCUCUUUUCAUUGAUAAAUGUCCUAAUACGUUGACUAGAUUGAUUUAUACCCGAAGUGAACCAAGGAAGUUUGGUCCUCUUACAGACCCAUAUUUGUACUAAACGUAGAUAUUAAAAUUUAGUUUUAGUUUGGUUGUAUAGUUUCUGAAUUCUGAAGCAGUACAUCAGACUCUUGCAUGUUUGCAGUGGAAAGCACACGUGGGGAUGCUUGUGGAAAACUUGUCUGGUUCUUGUUCGACUGCAGUUCUUUGUAGAGUGGCCCCUUGGCUGUAGUUGACUUGUAUACAUGCAACAUGCUAACCAUUUCUCUUUGCAUGCCGUGAUUGGCUGCAACGUUGGCUCUGUGGGGUCAUGUGUUCUUUUCUCUCCCUCUUUGCUGCGGGGCUUCAGUUCCCAUUUGGAUCAAAUCGGUCCACAGACCCAGAACACGGUUUUAACUAGGGGUCGGCUUGUAAGUCCUCAAUCACCUCGGUACAGAAGGAAGCGAUCAAAGAGAACAUUUUUGCAAGAUUCUCCAGGCAUAAAAAAGCCUUUUCCGUUGUCGGUCUCUCUCUGUUCUGUCUCGCCCUCUACUCAUCCCUAGCCGCAAAACAGGCUUGCUUGUACAGGCGUCCCCGCUGAAGUGACAAGAGGGGAAAUUAGCAUUAGCCAAGAUUAGCCAAAGUUAGCAAAUUAGCAUCAUAUCAUAAUUUUAAGUGAUUUUAUUUUAUUUACUUGCAUGUCCCUUUUUUGUUUGUCUCUCUUUUUGCAUGUGUUUCUUUCUAAACAAAAUCUAGCCACGGAUGGAUAUUUGAAGAAAACAGCAAGGAGCAUUAAGCAAGGGUAUAAAGUACAUAUGAUGGUUCUUCUCCCAUAUCUGCCCUUAUUUCACAUUGGGUUGUGGGGAAUGUGUUUACCAUCAAUCACCUCAACCUUCAUCUGUACUUACCCUUAACCUGACCGUGAAAACCUGCUGGUUUUCUGAUAAAUAGAUGUAUUUAUCAUAUCUUUACAGUAUAUCUAUAUAGAAAAUAUGUCUUACUUCUUUGUGAAAAAAGCAUUUCUUUAUUAUUUAGUUUUUUAGACUGUAUUUGGACAAAAUAUAGUCUUAUCUAUUUUAAGACUGGAAAGGCGUUUUUAUCCUUGAGAAUGUAUCUGAUCCUUCCUUCCAUACUGUCAAUGGCACCCCUAUUAUCUCCGUAUGUUGUUGCUGUGUGUUCUCUUGCACAAAGACCAAACUCCCUCUCCACCGUGUCCCGUUCCACCUCUGUGUUGUGACCAACCAUUGAAACCCAAACAUCCAAUGUAGACGUCCUUCAACAUCAUGCAGUCAAAGUCUUACCCUCCUGUCCUCCCUUCGUCCUACCCCCCAACCAAAAACUCCAUACGUUUCAGAGCAACACAGGGACAUUUUGUUGUUGUAGGGAAACGUUUCUCGAACGUUGGUUUGACGUUUCCCAUCGCAAACGUGCACUUCCAUUUGUGUUUGGUUUCUUUUUCCAUAUCAUUUGUACUAAUGGUAAAAUUCUCCUCAUCUGCUCCUUUCCCCUUACCUUUAACAAGCCUCCAUAGUGACGGUAAUCCACCUUGUCAACUCUGUUAUUGACUCGGUGGAAGGAGAAGGUACUCUUUUGCUACUAUCACCUCAAAACUUGUUAGCCGUCUGUGGUGUUUCUGUGUGGUGGUGUUCCAUAGACCUGGGUUCAAAUACUAUUUCAAAUCUUUCAAGUACUUUGAGUGUUUGCUUCCAUCUGCCUGGAGUGCCAGGUGGGCGGAGUUUGCACUUUUUAAAAUGUUCUAUUGGUUCCAUUGCCACAGGCAAGCUUAAUCAAGCACAAUUGCAGUAUUUGAAAUGAUUUCGAAUACAAUUUGAACCCAUGUCUGGUAGUUUCGUGCUCUGUCCUCAGUGUCAGGGUGACGAGUUAGGCCUCGGAGAUGCCAUUUCCUUAUCCAAUGAUAUGCCUCAUCUCAUUGUCAUUCAAAUUAUUGCAAUUCGCGCUGCCUAAUUUGAGGCUGAAAAUUGAAAUGUCUCACAUGAUUGGCCAAUUAACAGAGCAGCAAAAGUGUCAUUUGGAAGGUGCUAGAUUAAUUUCCCUCGCUCCUCGAUUGACUGUUUAAGAAAAUGGCACGAUUGUUGUCAUUAUUGUAAGCGUGUAUCUUUGCUCAGAGCAGUAGUUUUUUUUUCAUGUUUCAUUCUUGUUCUGGGCUUCUCUCUCUCUCAGGUUCUUAACUUGACUUGUUCUCCCUCUCUCCUCUCCCUCUCUCCUCUCCCUUCUCACCUCGUCUAAAGAGUCUUUUUUGGCUCAUGAUCUCAAGAAUCCAAGAGGUGACUGUUUUGUCAUUUGUUUGCCUGAAGCCCAGUGGUGUUUCUCCCCCCUUACUGUCAACCAACAAAAGAAUCCCUUGCAUGACGUAGAUGCUGUGAGGAAAUAAGACUGGAAAUGUUUAAGAAUGAUUUGGUCGAAACAAUAUCAUAUCGAUAGUUAUAAACUAAACAUGGAAACUGUCUAAUUUUGUCACAGCACUUCAAUUCAAAUCCCUCACAUAGACCCUAAAAUUAGUUUUGUGUCCCCCCUUCCCCCAGUAACUAUAACUAUCCCACGUUGAAUGAAGUUAUUAAUAUCACUCAGAUUCCUUUGAUUUCUGACACUAAAAAACAUGGAGCCAACUUUAAAGAAACCGUUUGAAACGGUGCUUUGAAAAUCACUAAUCGUAUUCACCCCCAUUUUGAAAUGAUCUCAGCAUAAACCACUCCAUAAAAGCAGUGAAAGUAGAAAAAAAGUGUCUGUUUUGAGUGUACUACAUCUUAAUCAGUAUUUGUUUAUACUAUGUGUGUGUACAUGUGUGUGUUUGCAGUAUGUGUGUGUAAACUGUUUUGUGAUUUCUGUGUUUUUUUAACGAAUGCAACUUACUUUGUUGGUGUGUCGUGACAAUUGCAUGGUGUGGGUUUGUAACAUUAACAUGCUACUGUUGUGUAAAUGUAUGUAAUCUGAUCUGUGCGAGUGUGUGUGUGUGUGUGUGUGUGUGUGUGUGUGUGCUUUGAUUGAGGCAUAGGGUGGUGGGACCUGUGGUGUCUAAUUCUUUGCAUCCUGUCCAACAGGCUACCACUGGGACACAUCUGAUUGGAUGCCAAGUGUUCAACUUCCUGGAAUCCAGGAGUUCCCGCAGUAUGAGGUCGUGGAGUCCCCGGCCCCCCUGUACAGUGACCAGAACGCCAUCGAUACUGACUACUACCCCGGCGGCUAUGACAUCGAGAGCGACUUCCCGCCGCCGCCCGAGCACUUCCCCGCCCACGACGACCUGCCCCCGCCGCCGCUGCCCGAGUAUGGCGACCGCUACGACACCCUGGAACCACCCCGGAGGGACCUGGCGCCUCCUGGCAGCCCCGGUUCGAGUUUGGCCUCGGGGGUGCGCCACCGCCCACCACUGCCCCAGCUCUAUAGCCUUAACCAGUACCUACCGCACCACCACUACCCCAGCGACGCUGAGGGCAACCCGGGCUGCGGCGGCUCCACAGCUGCCACCAACGCCACCACCACCCCGGCCUCCACCAUGGGCGGCGGCAGCAGCUACCGGGGUGGCUACCCCAUGGGGUACGGGCGGGGGGACUUUGAGGCGCCGGCGCUGGACAACAUGUCCAUGUCCCUGUACACGUCCACGGCCUCCUGCUCGGACAUGUCGGCGUGCUGCGAGGAGUCAGAGGUCAUGAUGAGCGACUAUGAGAGCGGUGACGAGGGACACUUUGAGCGGCUGGCCAUCCCCGCACUGGACUCCCAACAGCACACUGAAGUCUGA